GAGAAGAGCCGAGGGUCGGCGGGCUCGGGAGGCUCGGGGGCCAUGGUCACCCGCUGACUGCCCGAGGAGACGGGGCCGGGCGGUCGCGCCGAGCUCUCACGGGCCUGAGGGUUCCGGCCUGCCCUCUGCGGGGCACGAUGAGUUGGUUCAACGCCUCGCAGCUCUCCAGCUUCGCGAAGCAGGCCCUGUCCCAGGCCCAGAAGUCCAUCGACAGGGUCCUAGACAUCCAGGAGGACGAGCCGAGCGCCUGGACGGAGGCCAUCCCGUACGGCGAGCCUGGAAUAAGUCCCCCUGUCAGUGGAGGAUGGGAAUCUUCAACGUGGGGGUUGAAAUCAAACACUGAGCCUCAGAAUCCACCAACAGCCUCCCCUAAAGCAAUUACAAAGCCUGUUCGUAGGACUGUAGUAGAUGAAUCUGAAAAUUUCUUCAGUGCCUUUCUUUCUCCAUCGGAUGUCCAGACCAUUCAGAAGAGUCCAGUGGUAUCCAAACCACCAGCUAAAACACAGCGGCCAGAAGAAGAAGUGAAAGGCAGCUUACAUGAAUCCUUGUCCGCCGGACAGUCAAGAGCUGCUGAAACAAGUGAAUCAGAAGCAAGAGACUCUGUGUGUGUAUCCAGCGAGACCCUAUCAAUGGACACUCCAUCAGCUGAGACUGAAGGCAAGCAUGAAGAAAUUGCUAGUGAAGAAUCUGAGAUGAAGUUACCAGCUGUAUGCUUGAAAGUGUCUGAACAUGCUGUUGGUGUAAAAAUAGCUGUAGAAAGUAUAUCUGCCAUGCCUACUCAGCCUUUCAUAGCAGAGACAAAGGACAUGGCUUUGGAGCCUAAAGAGCAAAAACAUGAAGACAGACAGAGCAAUACACCUUCUCCUCCUGUCAGUACUUUCUCAUCAGGUACUUCUACCACAAGUGAUAUUGAAGUUUUAGAUCAUGAAAGUGUAAUAAGUGAGAGCUCAGCCAGCUCAAGACAAGAGACAACAGAUGCCAAGUCAAGUCUUCACCUCAUGCAGACAUCUUUCCAGCUCCUCACAGCAUCUGCCUGCCCUGAAUAUAAUCGUUUAGAUGAUUUCCAAAAGCUCAAUGAGAGUUGCUGCUCAUCUGAUGCUUUUGAAAGAAUAGACUCGUUUAGUGUACAGUCACUGGAUAGCCGGAGCGUAAGUGAAAUCAAUUCAGAUGAUGAAUUGCCAGGCAAAGGCUGCACUUUAGUGCCCAUUACAGUUAAUCCUUCAACUCCAAAAACCAAGAUAGUUGAGUCCAUUGAAGGAAAAGCUGAAGAAGUAAAUGAAAGCUUAGUUAUACCUACCGAGGAAGCGGAAUUGGAGGAGAGUGGACGAAGUGCAACUCCUGUUAACUGUGAACAGCCGGAUUUGCUAGUUUCUUCUGCACCAAUACACGAAGGACACACUAUCUCAAGCCAGGUGACUGAGCAGUUCAAAGCUGUUGAAAGUCAGCUGGAAGUUCUUUCUGAGAAAGAUAAUGUUUGCAAGACAGUUGAAUUUCUGAAUGAGAAACUGGAAAAAAGGGAGGCUCAGUUAUUAUCUCUUAGUAAAGAAAAAGCACGUUUAGAAGAAGCUUAUGAUAACCUGAAAGAUGAAAUGUUCAGAGUGAAAGAAGAAAGCAGUAGCAUUUCUUCCUUGAAAGAUGAGUUUACUCAGAGAAUUGCAGACGCAGAAAAGAAGGUUCAACUAGCCUGCAAGGAGAGAGAUGCUGCAAAGAAGGAAAUAAAAUAUAUAAAAGAAGAACUUGCCACUAGAUUAAAUAGUAGUGAAACUGCAGACCUUCUAAAAGAGAAAGAUGAGCAGAUUCGAGGGUUAAUGGAAGAGGGAGAAAAACUUUCAAAACAGCAGCUGCAGAAUUCUACCAUCAUUAAGAAAUUAAGAAGUAAAGACAAAGACAAUGAAAAUACUAUUGGAAAGCUGAACAAAAAAGCUAAAGAAUUGGAAGAAGAACUGCAGCAUUUAAAGCAGGUCCUUGAUAGCAAAGAAGAGGUUGAGAAACAACAUAGAGAAAAUAUUAAAAAACUGAAUUCUCUGGUAGCACGUCAGGAGAAAGAUCUUGGCCGACUUCAAGUAGAUAUGGAUGAACUUGUAGAGAAGAACCGAAGUACUCAGGCUGCCCUAGAUAGUGCAUACAGAGAACUUACUGAUCUUCACAAAGCAAAUGCUGCAAAGGACAGUGAGGCACAGGAAGCUGCUCUUAGUCAUGAAAUAAAAGCCAAAGAAGAACUUUCUGCAGCCCUAGAGAGGGCUCAAGAAGAAGCCCGUCAGCAGCAAGAAACGUUAGCAAUUCAAGUGGGGGAUCUUAGGCUGGCACUGCAACGUGCUGAGCAAGCAGCUGCCAGGAAGGAGGAUUACUUACGCCAUGAGAUCAGUGAACUUCAACAGAGACUUCAGGAAGCAGAGAAUCGAAACCAAGAAUUGAGUCAAAGUGUUUCAUCAACAACAAGACCAUUGCUUCGACAAAUAGAAAAUUUGCAAGCAACCCUAGGAUCCCAGACAUCAUCGUGGGAGAAACUAGAGAAGAAUCUUUCUGAUAGGCUUGGUGAAUCCCAGACCUUGCUGGCGGCAGCAGUGGAAAGAGAGCGUUCAGCUACAGAAGAACUCCUUGCUAACAAAAUCCAAAUGUCUUCAGUGGAAUCUCAGAAUGCUCUCUUAAGGCAGGAAAACAACAGACUUCAGGCUCAGCUAGAAUCAGAGAAAAAUAAGCUAAGAAAGCUAGAGGAUGAAAAUAAUCGGUACCAGGUUGAAUUAGAAAACCUAAAAGAUGAAUAUGUAAGAACACUUGAAGAGACAAGGAAAGAAAAGACAUUGUUGAACAGUCAGUUAGAAAUGGAAAAAAUGAAAGUUGAACAAGAAAGGAAGAAAGCCAUUUUUACUCAAGAAGCAAUAAAAGAAAAGGAGCGCAAGCCAUUUUCUGUGUCUAGUACUCCGACCAUGUCGCGUUCCAGUUCUCUCAGUGGAGUUGAUAUGGCAGGACUACAGGCAUCGUUUCAGGAGGAGUCUCAUGAUCAUUCAUUUGGACUGAUGUCUACAUCAACAAAUGGGAGCAAUCUUUAUGAUGCAGUAAGGAUGGGAGCAGGAUCAAGCAUUAUUGAAAAUCUACAGUCUCAGUUAAAGCUAAGAGAUGGAGAAAUAACUCAUUUACAGCUAGAAAUUAGCAAUCUAGAAAAAACUCGAUCAAUAAUGGCUGAAGAGCUAGUUAAAUUAACAAAUCAAAAUGAUGAACUUGAGGAGAAAGUGAAGGAAAUACCCAGGCUUCGAGUACAGCUUCGAGACUUGGAUCAAAGAUACAAUACUAUCCUGCAAAUGUAUGGGGAGAAAGCAGAAGAAGCAGAAGAACUUCGAUUAGAUCUUGAAGAUGUCAAAAAUAUGUACAAAACUCAAAUAGAUGAACUUUUAAGACAAAGGCUCAGUUAACUUGUAAAACUGGAAUUUCCAUACAACUGAAUGUAAAUACUACUCAAUGUAGACUUCCAAUAAAUUUUUUUAUAGAUUUAGAAAUUG